AUGCUUAUUGUCAGAAGAAGCGAUGCAAAUUCCAUAAAUAUUGGGCAGUCUUUGGAAAGGGAAAAUACUUUAGAUGGAUGUGAAGAAUUAACAAUAAGUUGUUUUGGCAAUCCAGGCAAUACAGCUUUAAUUGUCUCUUAUUUUAAUUCUUCUGGUUCUGAUGUUGGGGCAACAUUUGGAUCUACUUCUAUAUCAACAACUUUACGUUGUAAUGAUAACAUUCGAUGGACGAUAACUGGGAAUUUUAGUAGUGCUAGUACUGAAGUUGAGGAAAUUGAAUGUAUAUCUACUUAAAUAACCUCUAUAUUCUUAUUAAAUAAUUUUUGAUUGUAAAGUCCCGAUAUUUUAAUAAAUAUUCUAAUUAAAGAUUUUAUGUGAAUUAGACUUUUCUUAAGUUUUUUCGGUCUUGACUUUGUUGAGCUUUUCUAAAUGCACAUACCUAAGGAUUGAAUUUUUUGAGAAAAGUAAGGAGGAGGAAAAGAAAAAAUUGGGGACAUGUAUGAAGAUAAUAGUAGUUGUAGACUCUCAGCUUUUCCUUCCAAAUUUGAUUCAUUUUUCAUAUGUUCUACAAAAUUAUAGGUGUUCGUGUU